UUAUCUCCUUGUUCAAUCUUAAGUUUUUAGGGUUACAAAAGGAACUCCAUUCAGUAACCACACCACUCCUUGCACCGCUGAGAGGGAUACAGCUUCAGCGUACGCGAAAAAGGGGCUCAAUUUUCAUUUCCUUGUUGUGCAUUCAGAUCCGAGAAAAUCAGAACAAUAAUGGAGCUCGCAGAUAAACGGCACCAAGCUGAUGAUGUUGCUCUCAGCAUCACCAAACAAUUAUUCUCAAAACAAGACAAGAACAUGGUCUUUUCGCCCUUGUCUCUCCUUGCUGUUCUUAGCAUCAUAGCGUCUGGUUCAGCAGGUCGCACACUCGACGAGCUUCUCACCUUCCUCCGAUUUGACUCCGUCGACCAUCUCACCACCUUCUUCUCUCAGGUCAUCUCCGGUGUCUUCUCCGACGACAAUCAUCUGUCUUUUGCCAAUGGAAUGUGGGCUGAUAAAUCGGUUUCCCUUUCCCAUUCUUUCAAACAACUUGUGGCAACUCAUUACAAGGCCGCUUUGGCUUCAGCGGAUUUUCGCAAGGGUGAUCAAGUGUGCCGUGAAGUGAAUUCGUGGGUUGAAAAAGAGACUAAAGGCCUUAUCAAAAACCUUCUUCCUCCCGGUGCAGUGGACAAAACAACCAGGCUUAUCUUUGCAAAUGCACUGCACUUCAAAGGUGUGUGGAAACACAAAUUUGAUGUUUCAAUAACACGCGAAGAUGAUUUUCACCUCCUUAAUGGUACCUCAGUUAAGGUUCCCUACAUGAGAAGCAACGGGAACAAACAGAUUAGGUUUAUUAGCACUUUUGGUGGUUUCAAAGUCCUCCGUCUUUUCUAUGAACAAGGUAGAGAUGACAAACGCCAAAUCUCUAUGUACAUUUUUCUUCCAAAUGAAAAAGAUGGAUUGCCUGCUUUAAUUGACAAGUUGGCUUCACAACCUGGAUUCUUGAAACACAACCUUCUUCUUCUUGAUGAGCGAAAAGUGCAAGCACGUAGACUAAAGAUUCCAAAAUUUAAGAUUUCUUUUGAAUUUGAAGCUUCUCAAGUGCUGAAAGAGUUGGGAGUGGUUUUGCCUUUUUCUCAACGGGCAGGUUUUACCAAAAUGGUGGAGGUGAACUCUCCUUCGGUGGGAAGCAUAUUUCACAAAGCUUCCAUUGAGGUAAAUGAAGAGGAAACUGUAGCUGUAGCGGCCACCGCUGCUCGUAUGGUUUUGGGAGGAGCAGGACUUUGUCCUCAUAUAGAUUUUGUAGCGGACCACCCUUUCCUCUUCUUGAUCCGAGAAGAUAUCACCGGAACAAUCCUCUUUGUUGGGCAGGUGCUCAAUCCUCUUGAUGGAGCAGGCACGCCGGUGAAGGAGGAUUUGGGAAAAAGAAAGCGGUUUCAAGGCAAGAGGCUGAAGAAAAUGUCUAGUGAUUUUGAAUCAAAGAAGACUGGGAAGGAGAAAGAGGAAGAUGAAAGUGCUGGCCAUGAGGAUGAUAAGCCUGUGGUUCCACCAAAGAGAAAGAGAUCAAGUAAAGUGAAGGAUGAAGAGGAGGAUGAUUUGUUUUUAAGAAAGCCGGGUAACGAUUGGAGAAAGCUAUGUUUGGCAUGGUUUUUUAGCUAGCUUAAAGCUUAUUUAAUAUUGGUGGGUUGGAUGAAACCUGUGAUAGAACAAAUAUUGCGUUCUGAAAAUUUAAUUUUAUAUUUGAAGUAGUUUGUAGGUUCGUUUGUGAAUGUUGGUGAAUUUCCUCAUUGUUAGGAUCUAUUUAUUUAUUACUCUAUUUGUUUUGUCA